AUGUUUUUUCAAUUUUUUUUCAAUUUUUUCAAUUUUUUUUCAAUUUUUUCAAUUUUUUUUUUUUUCAAUUUUUUCAUCUUUCUUUUACCUUUCAUCUCCCAGUUUUUCGUUAUCGCUGCCUUAUCACAGCAACUAACCCAGACCGGAUACCUCCGACAUAUCGAAAAAAAUGACCUGUGGAGCGUGGCUGACAACCAACAGGUGGCAAAACUACAAGCCAGACUCGAAGAGCGUCUCGACUUCCGCUACAACCAGCUUCUCGAGCGCAAGAUCGCCAAGCUGAAAAAGUCCAAAAAACCAACCACCACAAAAACGUCCAUCUAUCCCGGAAUCCACUACGACAACGACGACCCGGCCGAUCCCGACCACCAUGACGACCACAUUCGCCAACAGGCCAUUGCUGCUCUCAACAAGUCCAGCAGACCCCUAGUGAUGGCGCUGAACGACACGUUUCUGGUGCAGUUUUGGUUCGCGGCACUGAUGACCAUCCUGCGGGAACUCUGCGCUGUGGCAAGCGCCCUCGUCUCCAAAGAACUUAUCAACUACAUUGAGCGCCGAUACUACGACCGAAACUACCCCAUGGGAACCGGCAUCGGGUCCUCCAUCGGCAUGUUCCUGCUGGCGGUGGGCGUCACCUUCUUCUUCAACCACUCGUUCUAUGCCGCCCAGAUGGUCGGCGCCAAAUCCCGAGCCGCACUCAUUGGCACCAUUUUCAAAAAGUCCACCAAACUCAGCAUCUCCGCCCGAAAGAUCCACCCGCCAGGAAAAAUCACCAACCUGGCAGCCCUCGACGCCCACAGAGUCGACUUUGCCUGCCAAUUCGUCCACCAGAUCACCGCGUUCCCCAUCACCACGGCAUGCUCAAUUGCCGUGCUUUGUGUCAAUCUCCACGAAUCAGCCCUUGUCGGUGUCGCCACCAUGAUGCUCUUCAUUGUAUCCGUGGCUUACAUCACAAGCUACACGAUGAAAAUGAGACGUCGAAUCAUCAAAUGGACCGACAAGCGAGUGACCCUGAUCCGUGACGCUCUUCAGAACAUUCGAAUCAUCAAGUACUACGGCUGGGAGAUUCCUACUCUGCAGAAAAUUCAGGUGGCAAGAAGAGAAGAAGCCAAUGGAUACAUUAGAAUGGGCUCUAUCCGGGGUAUCUCGUUUGGAAUGUUUGAAAGCUUGCCCACCAUUGCUGGUGCCCUGUCCUUCAUCACUUACUCCAGUAUUGGCAACGAAACUGACCCUGCCAAGAUCUUCUCCUCUCUGACCCUGUUCAACCUGCUUCUACCUGCGCUGAUCCAAUUGCCCAUGGCUAUGCAGUAUGUAGGAGAUGCCAGAAUGUCUCUGCGACGUAUCCACGAGUUUCUGAACGCCGAAGAGGGUGUCUCGAACAUUGCUAUCAACACUGAGCAGCCUGAAAGCAUUCUUGUUCAAGACGGAUGCUUCGAAUGGCCCCAGGAUGAGCCCAUGGAGUUCUUUUCAGAGGAGAAACAGAGUCACAAGCCCACAGAAAAGUCCGAAACCCGCUCAAUAAAGUCCAUCAAGACUCUGCGGUCCGGAAAGUCGGUUCUUUCAGGCAAGUCGUCGGCCAAGUCCUCUCGAAAGUCUUCCAUCUCCUCCAAGUUCUCCUUCUUUGAGUCCAAUGACAUUCAAUCUUCGGACGACGAGCCUGAAGCCGAUGUUUCUUUGACUCUGAACAACCUCAAUCUUGCCCUCAAACCAGGCUCACUCACUGUUGUUGUCGGUGGUAUUGGAUCGGGCAAGACGUCUCUUUUGUCUGCACUCACCAACCUCAUGCUCAUGACCGACGGCUCAUUGUCUUUCUCGUCUUCCAACUGGAUUGGAUGCCUAGAGCCCUGGAUUCAGAACGCAUCUAUUCGUGAAAACAUUGUUUUUGGACGAGAAUUCGAUGCCGACAAGUACAGACACGUUCUGAAAGUCUGUCAGCUGGCUUCUGACCUCGACCAUAUGGAGCACGGAGACAAGACCAUGAUUGGAGAGCGAGGAAUCACGGUAUCGGGCGGCCAAAAGGCCCGAAUCAACCUCGCUCGAGCUGUCUAUGGCAAACCCGACAUUCUCAUUAUGGACGAUGUUCUCUCAGCUGUUGACGCCCGAGUCGGCCAGGCUAUGAUUGAUCAGUGCAUUGAUGGUUAUCUGAAGGAUUCUACUCGAGUGCUGGCAACUCACCAAGUUGGAAUUGUUGAACGAGCUGAUCAUGUCAUCUUCAUGGAGAAACCGGAUGCUCAGUCCUAUGACAACCAUGCCAAGAUCCAUCAGGGUACAGUUGCAGAGCUGUCUGACCGUCUUCCUCAAUUUAGAGCUCUCAUUGAAGCCGGUGCUGUUCGCGGUGAGAUUGAGAUGGAGGACGAUAAUGAGGUGAAACAUGAACUUGUCGAACUUGUCGAGGUCCCUGAGAAAAUCGAGUUCGCUCCGGCUACCAAGAGAACAUCUAGGGUGUCCAUGGAGUCUUCUAUUUCGGCAAACAUGAUGGCCGAAGAGGAACGGGUCCGAGACUCGGUUGGUUUUGGCGUCUACAAGCGAUAUAUUUUGUUCAGCAACAAGAACAAGGCUCUCAGUAUUGCCCUGAUUGUUCUAUGUGCGUUUCUGAUGCUUCUUGUGGCAUUUCUGACCAUCUUUGCCUCGGUUUGGCUCUCUUUCUGGACAGCUGAUCGGUUCCUCACUACAAAGGGGUUCUACAUGGGAAUCUACAUCAUGCUCGGAAUGGUUCUCUUGCUUCUGCUCACGUGUUUCAUCAUGGCCUCUCAGGUCCUGGGUACUCGCUCGAUCGAGAACAUGCACAAUCUAGCCAUCGAGACCAUAAUUCGAGCCCCCGUUGCCUUUUUCGAUACAACUCCCAUGGGCCGAAUUCUCAACCGGUUCACCAGAGACACAGACAGUUUGGAUAACGAGGUGGGUAUGCGGUACCGAAUGCUCUUCUUCUCUCUGACCGAGUUUGUGGGCUCGUUUGCCAUGACCAUUGUGUUUGUACCCUACACGGCUCUUGUUCUGGCUCCUAUCAUUGUUGUUUUUGUCGUCUGUUUGUCCUACUACCGUCAGACUGCUCGGGAGGUAAAACGAAUCGACUCGUUGGAGCGAUCGGCCAUGCUGUCAGUCUUCAGUGAGAGCAUUUCCGGCAUGUCAGUUAUUGUCAUGUACGGGGCUCAAUCCAAGAUUGUUUCUCGGCUCCAUGGUACACUAGACAUUAUGAACUCGGCCUAUUUUAUUGUGGCUGCCAACCAGCGGUGGUUGUCGCUUCGUCUCGAUGCCAUGGGAUCUCUUGUGGUUCUUAUCUGUACGAUUCUGUGUGCUGUUGGAGUUUUUCAUCUGACACCGUCCAACAUGGGUCUGAUUGUUUCUCAGGCUGCGUCCAUUCCAGAGAACCUCUCCAUGAUGGCCCAGGGCUUUUCCGAGCUCGAAAACUGCAUGAAUGCCGCAGAGCGGAUCCUCCAUUACCACACCAUCACGUCCGAGGGCUCUUCCAAGACCGUCACAGCUUCCCCCAGCACUCCUUCGGUGGGAAAGAUCGAGUUUGACAAUGUGUCUCUGAAAUACCGACCCGAGUUGUCGCUGGUUCUCAAGAACCUGACGGUCACGUUUGAGCCUGGACACAAGAUUGGGAUUUGUGGCCGAACUGGAGCCGGAAAAAGUACCAUUUUGCAGUCUCUGUUUCGGAUCGUCGAGCUGGAAACCGGCAAGAUUUCUAUUGAUGGAGUGGAUAUUGCUUCCAUGAGUCUCGAGCAGCUCCGAAAGGGACUCUCCAUCAUCCCCCAGGAGAGUGUCUUGUUUGGUGGAACCGUGCGAUCUAAUCUGGAUCCUCUAGGAGAACACACCGAUGCAGAAAUGUGGUCUUGUCUGCAGCGAAGUGGGCUGACUGUGGCUCUUGACACCAAGGUGGACUCUGAUGGUACCAAUUUUUCUCUUGGCGAGCGGCAACUGCUGACUCUGGCUCGUGCUUUGCUUCGCAACUCGCAGAUUUUGGUGCUGGACGAAGCUACAUCUAAUGUCGACUACCAGACAGAUGCUCUCGUGCAACAGACUAUUUCGCAGGAAUUUAGCCACUGCACCAUUCUGUGCAUUGCUCACCGACUACGGACCAUUGUCAACUACGACCGGAUUCUGGUGCUGGAAGACGGCGAGAUGCUGCAGUACGGCAGUCCCCAGGAGCUGUUCCGACAGGACGGGGGCAUGUUCCGCCAUCUUUGCGACGCUUCAGGAAUCAAAAUGUGA